AUGGCCGAGAAAGCAAACUACCCACCAGAGCUCAAGGCGGCAGCACCUCCUACCUACGAACAACCCCCUGCUGUCCCCCAAGAGGCACACCGUGCUGCACAAGGGCCCGGCGCUGAGCUUCACCUCGAGCAGAUGCCGCCUCAGGGAUAUGUGAAUGUUCAACAGCAGGCACCUCAGGGUUAUGUGCACACUCCCCAACAGUCACCUCAGGCAUAUGCGAAUGCUCCCCAGCAAGCACCUGGUCCCUGGAACCCCAGCCCACAAAUGUAUCCGCCACAACAAUACGCAGCGCCAGCGCCAGCGCCAGUCCAAAACCACUACCCUACCGCGAUCCCUCUGCACGCUCUGGAACGAACCUCUCAGGUCGUUGACUGCCCCAUGUGCCACACACGAGAGAUGACCCGGACAGAGGCUGUGAAUGGAGCGACAACCCAUGGUUGGGCGGCCGUUCUUUGCUGCUGCGCUUGUAUAGGAUGCAUUCCCUACUUCAUGGCUGCUUUCAAAGACGUGGAGCACAAGUGCGGGAAGUGCAACUAUCUACUUGCUACCUACCAUGGAAGUGGUCAUGUUGUCAUACACCAACAACCGAUACAACAGGCACAGCAGGCACAGCAGCCAGCACAGGGUCAGCCGGUGAAACAGUGA